AUGCCUCCAGGGAAGGAGCGACUUUUUCAGGCCUACACCACUGUCCUUGGCACAAAGGCAUACGUACUUCACAGUGUGCCGUUUGACGACAGCUGCGAGGGCACUGCGGCGGAGGAAAAGGAGAGGACUGCUAGUGGGUUACAACGCCAUGCCGCACCCUUGCUAGGGCCGCGACGCAAGUUUCCCCCAGGCAAGAAGAAGUCGUCUGGGACAAGUGUUCUGCCGCAAGUCACACGGUGGGGUUAUUUGCGGGGAGAAAAUGAGAAAACCAUAGGGGAUAACGUUGGCUCGCUAUCAACCAACAGGCGAGGCAGUGCCAGUAGGGUAUUCUCUGGGUUAACCGCCGAUCUUGGCCGUCACUUGCCUACGACAGUUGUAGUGCCCCCACUGUCGUCAUCUGCUUCGUCGCGAGCCCCGCGACCUGCGUCUAUGGAAGCCGCCUUGCGUGCGGAAGAAGCAUCACCGGCGGCGGAGGAACUGGCUGUGCCUGCGGUAUCGGCCGCAGAUAUUUCACCUCUUUUUCACGCGCCAGCGAUUGUGUCUCCCGAUGUGCCGGAGCUUUCAUUUAUGCCGCCAUCACACGUUAGCUACGGACAUGUGGCAUGCCCUUCCACUUGCUCGGCUGACAAACACCAAUACAUGAUGGGGAAUGGUUUUGUUUACUGUCCGCAAUGUGGGCUUAGGCUGCGCCAGGGGGCGUUGGUGGAGUAUUCGCCGGCUGACUGUCCAGUUACCCACGAACGGGAAGGCGGCGGGGGGGAGGAGGAGGCCAGCACCUAUUGUUUUCUCUGCGGCGCCCUCAUGGGUGCUCCUCCCAGGCCGCCCCAGCGAGGGGAGAGGGAAGAAGGCCCGACGGGGGGAAGCGCCCUCGGGCUUCGCUGGCAACCACAACCGCCCCGGGUUGGAGUGCCGAGCGCGGCGUGCCUGUGGCCAACCUCCACGACGUUAGAGGAGCCCCAGGCGGUGAAGAAGUCUCAUGCACCCUCCUCUGCAGCGCCUAGAGCUGCGGCUGCAGCAGCGGCGGAUAAAGCGGUGGGUUCCCCCCCUCUACAUUCAGAAGGAGUAACACAAGAGAAGGCUACACGGGCGUCGCUGCCCACGUAUGCCUCUGUAUUGCACGCCGGCGUAGAGCCGAGGAUGCCUUUCUCAGUCUCACAGGAGGAAAUGCUGUACACCGUCGGCGUGCCUGGUGUCUCAUGUGGCCUUCCCCACUGUGCCUUGUGCCAGUCGCCCGUGGAUCCACCGCUCCCGCCUGUCAGGUCGACGCGAACUCAUCUGGCGAAGGACGAGGGAGAGGGGCGUGGUGGGGCCGGUGUUGUUGUUGUUCAUAAUCACUACUACCACCGAAGCUAG